AUGAACAACUGCAACGAAAUCUUAAUCGACGAUUGGGACGACGACAUACUCGACGAAUUAAUCCGAGUCGAAUCCACCAUCCCUUCAAAACCCAAAACCCUCUCCACAGACCCUUCUUCAUUCUCCAACCAUCAUCACCAACCCCAACAACAACAACAACAACAACAACAACAAGUUCAAUUACCACUAGCUUUCGAACGUUCUGUUAACUUCUCACCUCCUCGAGAGCUUUCUCAAAAACCCACUACUUCCGUUUUCGAAUCUUCCCUUCCUAAACCACUUUUCGAUGACAUGGACAUCCAAAUUGAUCAAUUUAAGCAAAAACAGAGGGAGCCGGGACGUCCUUCGAAGCAGAUUCCAAAUACCGAUAAGGAGUGCCCCAAGUUAAAGAAAGAAAGAGACAAGAAAGAUGUUCAUUCCAUACCCGUGUCUUCAGAGAACGAAAAAGAUAAUGUCCGCACUAAAUGUGUGAAAAGCAUAGACAAUGGCAGGAAUAUCGAAAUUCGUGCUCCCGACCAUCCUAAAGCCUCUUCAAAAUUUCAUAAUGAAGGAUCUUCAAAUGGUCAAACUGUUGAUACAACUGCUAAAGCUGAAGAGGUAAAAACGGCAAUAGCUAGUCAUCAAGAAGCUCAAGAUCAUCGAAGUGAUGCUCUUUCUUCUUUCCCAGAAGCUAAAAGGGUCGAGACAACUGGUAAACCUAAAGGGGUUGAAACAAAAAUAGUUAGUCGUCAAGAAGUUCAAGAUCCUCCAAGUGAUGAUCUUUCUUAUCUUGACCUCUCCCAGAAGUUGCUUGCAGUAUGGAGGUCUCCAAGUGAAAAAUUGCUUGGAAGUGAUGUUAUAUCGAAGUUGUUUGCCAGUUGUCAAAAAGAUAUUCAUAUUCUUUUUGGUAACAUGAGCACGAGUUCGCCUGAAAUAACACGAAAAUUACAUACAGAUGUAAGCUCUUCAAAAGUAUCUUCGCAUUACGUCAAUGGUUGUUUCCAUACUCCCGAAGCAACAAAGGUGUCACAUCUCUACCAUGCAUUGACAAAGGUAGCUGAUGGAACAGAUGUGUUGGAAACUUUGAUAGCACCAUUGCUUGAUCUAUGUAGUAUGGAAAAUGUUGCUAUUGUCCAUAGCUCUCUACGUAUACUGUAUACUCUUUUGAAGUUCCUACUGGAAUCGGAAAAGAAUUUUGGAAGAAGGGAUAAUGUCUUCAUUGAUGGAAUAUGCGUUGGGAAUGACCUUUUGGAUUCUGGUGGGUUGGACGGUGUGAAAGAUCAAAAGCCCUUCAAUGAAGAAAUGUUUAGAAAAGAGUGCUGGAACUAUCAGAGUGCCUUAAAACCUCAUGUGAAUUGGUCUAGUAUUUUUGACAUUUUGCACCAAAUUUCCAUGAGGAUCACAGAAGAAAAUGUGAGAGAGGAGGCAGUGUCCAUUAUGCUAUUACUUUUCCUAAGGAGUACUGCUUACUUUGAGAGGGAGCAGUUUAGCCAGAACACAGUUUUUAAAACUAUUUCGGAAUUGCUUAAGAAGGAUGCUGGGCUACACGUAAAAAAGAAAACUUUGCGACUUCUGUACCUAGUAUUAAAUUGUCCAAAACUGUUGGCCACUUUCUGCUGUGGUUGCAAAGAGGAGGACAGUAGUAGCGCUGUGGAUGACAACGCAUCUGUGUCAAAUUUCCAAAAUUUUAACAUCAUCCUUCGAGGAUUGGCCGAUUGUGUUGCUUCCCAUGGAGGUGGUUUAGUGGAGUUGAAAAUAAGCAGAGAGGCUAUUAUCGUGCUAGCGUUCCUUGCAUCAUCGGGCCAAUCUGGUUUUGAAAUCUUUAUUGCUCACAGGCUCUCUACAAGAGGUGUAAACUAUCUUAUGUCGAUUUUGCAAUUACUGGUAUCAGAGAUGGACUGUGAAGCUGGAUCCCACAAUGAACUGCCAGAAAUUUUUAGGGAGAGGACAUUUCUUAUGCGGGAUAUACUGAUAUUGCUUAAUAGACUAGUAUCAAGUCCAUCAUAUUCUGCCACAGUUUUGCGCGAUUUAACAGACACCAGGGAUAUGGCUAGUUUAACAGUCGAUGUUGCAACCAGAUUGUCACGGAAAGGAAAUGAAAGUGAGCAGCAGGAAGACAGCAUGGUGAAGCAAGUAAGACGAAAUGAAAUUGUUGACCUUGCUCGCCUAUUCAAGAAAAGGGUAUUCACGUAA